GUGCGCAUGCGUGGCAGGCCUGAUCCGCUCCUCAAGUCUCAUUGCGUCUGCGCGGGUGUCCCUGCACACAUGCUGUUAAGCGUUGCUGGAGUCGUGGAGUACAUUGAGGGUCAUUAAGUGCUUGUUGUGGAAGCUGUGAUUUACUGUUUCACAGUUAACUUUGGUGAUCUUGGAAAACAUGGAUGAAUUGCAAGAUGUCCAGUUAACAGAGAUCAAACCUCUCCUGAAUGAGAAGAAUGCAGGUAGAAACUUCCAGGACUUUGAUUGUCAGGAGCAUGACAUUGAGACAGCUUUUGGCGUUGUUCAUGUCACUCUGCGUGGGACACCAAAAGGGAACAGGCCCAUCAUCCUCACGUACCAUGAUAUCGGCCUCAACCAUAAAUCCUGUUUCAAUGCUUUCUUCAACUUUGAGGACAUGCAGGAAAUCACACACCACUUUUCUGUGUGUCAUGUUGAUGCACCAGGACAGCAGGAAGGGGCUGCCGCUUUCCCUUCAGGAUUCCAGUAUCCCACAACUGAUGAACUAGCUGAAAUGCUCCCUGCUGUUCUCACACACCUGAGUCUCAAAAGCAUAAUUGGUAUUGGAGUUGGAGCUGGUGCUUUCAUUCUCAGCCGGUUUGCAUUGAAUCACCCUGACAUGGUGGAAGGUCUCGUGCUUAUUAACGUUGACCCGUGUGCAAAAGGAUGGAUGGACUGGGCAGCAUCCAAGUUUUCUGGGUGGACCACUAACAUUGUGGACAUUGUCCUGACUCACCUUUUUGGUCAGGAAGAACUUCAAGCUAAUCUGGAGCUGAUCCAGACAUACCGACGUCAUAUAGCACAGGACAUCAAUCAGGAAAAUCUUCAACUCUUCCUCACCUCCUACAAUAGCCGGAGAGAUCUGGACAUUGAGAGGCCCGUCUUAGGUGUGAAUGAAAAUACAGCAAAAACACUCAAGUGUCCUGCCUUAUUAGUGGUUGGAGACAGCUCACCAGCAGUGGAAGCUGUGGUUGAGUGCAAUUCACGGCUGGAUCCAGCAAACACAACAUUUUUGAAGAUGGCAGACUGUGGAGGGUUGCCUCAGGUCGUUCAGCCUGGAAAAUUGACUGAGGCAUUCAAGUACUUUGUGCAAGGAAUGGGCUACAUCCCUUAUGUGCAGCUCAGCCACCUCAGCGCUGAGUCAGUGCCAUCUGCUAGCAUGACCAGGCUGAUCCGUUCCCGGACCCACUCUUCUUCAAGCGUAGGCUCUGGCGAGAACGCUCCGACAAGAUCUCAGACCAGCAAACCAGGAGAGGCACUAACUGGAAUGCCUGAAGCAGCUGAUAUUCGUGACUCUCCUCAGACUAUGGAAGUAUCCUGCUAAGCAAGCACUGCUCGUGUGCAUUCAGACAACCCCUUCCUUUAUUCCGAACCCACCCAGAAUCAGUGUUCACUGAGACAAGUGGAAUUAACAGUUUUUUCUAACUUGUGCCUGCCCGUUGUAGUUGCCAUCUUCUCACCUGUUUGUUGAACAUUGCUUUGGGUUCUUUUUAAACUGGCUACAGAAACAUUAACUGCUAACAUUCCAUUGGUGCUAGAGGAGAGAAUUGCUGUAUAUGCUAAUGCCAUCCUUUUCCCUUGCUUUUUGUGCUGUUAAAGCAGAUGAAAGUGGUGGGCCUCGCCAUUUUUUCCCUUUUAAGUAACCAUUUCUGUGGCUUGUGCAGUUAAAAUUGUUUUCUAGUUGUGCUUCUGCUGAAGGGUUAGGGCUCUUGGCUGCAGUUGUUGCAGUGUCUUUGAAGUGGAGAUAAAGGGAAAAGUCAGUGUUUUGAAACAUUUUCAGGAGUGGGGUUUCAAUCCUGUCCUGUUAAACACAGAAUGGACCCCAGCAUAUUGCAUAUUUAACCAACAUACAGGAGAGUUUAGGUCUUACUACUGUAUGGAAGAAACCAAAACCUCUCUCAUCUGCAAGUGAUCUCUCACCAAAGCUGGUGAGGCCAUUUUUUUUAAGGGCAAGGCCUAAUUCUCACUGAUUAUUGCAUUAUAAUAUAAUAUAAGGGUUUAUAUGCUACAGUUGUCUGAACUGCAGUAUAGGAGCUGCAGGGAUGAGGUUUUUAAUUAGGAUGGUUUUUGCAACCCCAAAGGAAAUAGUACUUUCUAUACUAGGAUAAGUUUAGACCUAGUUUAAAACUGUAGUCUUCUGUUGCCAUAACUGUGUAAUUGCAUAAAUUGCUGUAAUUAGAUACAGGUGUUAGAUAAUCAGUCUGAAGCUGAACUGAAGAAUCAGAAAUAUUUGUGCAAAGAGAAUUCCUAGGAUGCCCUGGGCAGUUUCUACCAUCAUAAAUCUGUUGCUCUUUAAGCACACUUGUCUACAAAGAUUGGUUAUUAUUGAAUAAGAUAUAUUCCGUGACCAACACAAACACAUCUGAGGAAAUUACAUAAUACAAGCUGUGUUCCUAAAGCAUAGAGAGAGACUUCCAGUCAGAUCCCAAUGGCCAUCCAGUAACCGCUGAAGAUACUUUAAAAUUUGAAUAAAACAAAUUGGAAAAUAUUUGUAACUAUAGCAUUGUGCAGAAGUACAUCAAAUUUACCAUGCUUAUUCUAUUUCUAUUUUACUGACAAAAGCUGGUGUUACAACUGUACUUUUCCACCUGAGAAGAUUGCCAGGCUUCUCUGACAAUCCUGUAGAAGGAUAAUAAUGAUCUCUGGUACUCAAGAAUCUGUCUAGUGGAGACAUCUUGGUUGCAUUCACAAUAAAAAUUUAACUCCCUUGUGACCUGGUCAGUUUUGAUUUAGGGAUGCAUCUUGAAUGUAGCUUUGGAUCAACUUCAGCUGCUUUUGUAACCUUUCCCCCAAACAGUUGUACUGCUGCAAGGGCGUUUUAAAAUUAGGUCUGUGACUUGUUCUUCUUGCAUUAUAAAAGCUUCUUCUGCUUGUCCAAAGAAUGGCAAAGGGAAUGCAUUGAUGUACUGUGUACUGUAAUAUCCUGCUCUGUUUGAGGCCUAUUUUUCAUAGGCUGGUAUACAACUUGAUUGUCUGACCAAUAUGGUGUUCCUUGCAGAACUGUAAAUGUUUGCCUUUGGGAGCUAGGCAGUUUCCAAAAUGUUUUUUUGGAGUUAAAAAUAAAUUACUGUUUUGUUGUUCUGGGUGGAUCACUGAAGUUGAGAAGAGCUUGAUAUGACAGGGGUCAAGAGAGAGAACUGCAGAUGGGGUGGGGAUAUGGAGCUUAUAUUCUUGAAGUCGUGGCCGAAUGUGUGCUGUUCCCUGUUGCACCCUACAUGGCUCAUGUGGGACCAACCAUUCUCCUUGGAAACAAUUAUAUUUGGAUCUGAUCUGUUUCAGGCAGGAGAUAAGACUGGAACAUUCUGUCUCAGAGUGAAUUUGUAUCGUUUAAAUAAAACUGUUAUUGAAUCUUA